UAAAAUAGAUCUAUAUACAUCUGUAUGUAGUUCGUAUUGAAUUUUUUUCUCUAAAAGGACUUAUAUUUAGAAAUUGAGAGAGUAUGAUUUAUGUUUGCAUGGUGACUAUAUAUCCUCGAUAUAGCAAUGAAAUGUAGUGCCAACCUUUGCCAAUUGAUCCCAGAUCAAUGGUUUUCAUUAUCUUUUGUUCCUUGUUUCAAUGAUUGUGGUACUUGGUUAAAUUAUUUGAGUGAUUGUAAUACUUAUAAGAAUGAUUAUGUUGUUUAGUAAUAAAAUUGUGUGUUCCAGGAGUACCCAAACCAACUAAAGCCCAAAUGAAAUCACUUAAAUAAGUGCUCAGAUAUCAUAAAUAACCAGCGCAAAUGAAAUCACUUAAGAGCACUAGAAGUUAAUUCAAAUUUUUGAUAAGUUCAAUCUGGAUAUAUUCCAGGCCAGUAACUCACAACUUCACUGUGUUGAGGACAGCAGGUCAGUCAACCAUGGUCAGCGUUCUCUAUCAGGAGACAAAAAAUCAGAACGGAGUGACAGUUGAGCUGGCCUGACAUGGUUCCUGAAAUGGUAAGAAGAUGCCUGCGUCAAUCUAAACUCGGCCAGCUGGGUUAGUGAACGGCUUACCUGAUUGGCGGCACAUCCUUCAGAGUUAAUCGCAUCCUAGUUUGUGGCCUUUGUCAUGGAGAAGUAGAGGCAUGUAUGUCACCCACAAUAUCUCUUACCUUUAAUAAUCUCAGAAUAUGUUUUGCCUGUAGCAUGCGAUCUUCCUUUCUUACUUGCUAUAUUUCUGUGUAGCAGGCAAAUAAUUUAGAUUAUGACAGUUAGAUGGGUAUAUUGUCUUUAAUAGCUUGAAAAUUCAUUAGUAUCUUACCUGCACAAUAGAAGAUUUAAAACCGGUCCAUAAAACUACACAUAAUGGAAAAGCAGCACAAUUUAAUCGUGUUCUUAGAAAACAAGUAAAUUGGCCAGAGAGACAAAUUUAUGAAUUAUAAGGAAUGAGUUGGUUUUAUUUUCUCAGUAGUUAAUAUUCUCCUAUCUAUAGAAGACAUAUGUCACAUUUGCUACCACACUCAGUGAAAAGAAGAGGGUUCACCAAGACAACACGGUCGUGUAAACCUCACACCCAAAGAGUGAAAUUAGCCAGGUAACAAUGAAUACAAAACGGGUUCCAUACAAAAUCAAAUGGUCCUGAUCUAAGAUGAGCUCUUGAGCAGUUGCUCAUAUUGGCAUAUAUCACAUCUGCCAUUCAACGGGCCUGAACAGAUGCAUUGGAAGUUGGAACAAUUUUUCAUCUUUGUGUAAGAGCUCCUUGGUAGAGGGCAGGCCUGGCGCAGUGGUGAAGUCCUCCCCACUUGUGCCAAGAGGUCCUGGGUUCGAACCAGCCUCUCUGCAUUGCACUUUGCAGGGGUAAGACUAGGUUCCUGUAAUCCCUCCCCAGACCCCACCUUGUGUGGGAGCUUCUAUGCACUGGGUCUGUCCUUUUUUUUUUGUGUAAGAGCUCCUUGGUUGAUUUUUAUUUUGUUACUCGUAACAGAAUUCUCUAGUGCAGGAUCCAAUCCUGCGGAGUACAAAUGUGAAAUAUGACCCCGCACCAAUUCUGGCUUUAUAUGUAAGCUUUGCUUAGUGCCCUUCUUCUCAUAGAUGUCAUCUCUCCUUGCUUCAAAUUUUAUGUGAUUGGCAAUAGGCUUGUUUUAGAAUAUGCAUUGCAAGGUGCACAUGCAGAAAAGCAGGGUAACGAUUCUUGCAACUGUUAGAGUAGUGAGGUGAUGGUUUUGCCACCUCUUGCUCUAUGAUCAGAUUUGUUCUCUGCGGCUAUUGUUUGCUAUGCAUCUUGUGUCAUGAUUCGCCAAGAUAAGAACUUUACUGACACUAACCAUUUAAACCAAUACCUGUCGUUUUAAUAUGCUGUUCCAGGUUAAGAUUCUCUUAUCACUAUCCUGUAGAGAUACCAACAAGUCAUUAUCACCGCUCCAAUUAUGCAUUAUUCCUCUUCCUUUUCAGCACUUAUCGAAAGUAGUGGAUGGAACCAAACAAAUACACAACUACUCGUAUAACCCCAAAACCAUGGGUGUAGCUACUGGAAAGGUUUAUCCAUCCUUUUCUGUAUGAAGUGGAAUAAAGGGAGAAUUUCCUGCCCACCAUGCAUCUUCCUUUUUAUCGUCCAGUUUUUCCAUUUGCUUUCAGUGUGAAAGCAUGGUGAUGACACUGUUUCUCUUCUUCCUUUUUGGUAGGAUGCCUGUUUCGUCCAAUCUUUGCUGUUAGCCUUUCCUGACAUUGUUUUACGAAUGUGAGAUGUGGAGAAAAGGAGCCGAUAGUUGAGCUUCUGUGGUUCAUCAGAUGAUGGAUCUAUCUGAGCUGUCAAGCUUUAACGAUCUUACAUCUUUUUCUUGCAUCUGAGAUGCUUGUAGUUGUUUUUACAAUCAAACUUAUUUAAUUGUAGGAAGUGUACAGCUCUCAUUGAUUGGACAUCAAGAUAUAUACACAUGUAUGUAUUACAUAUUUUAAAACCCAUCCGAUGUUGAAAUGGGUAUUACCUUCUUUCCCCAUGUGUUGGGUCUGUGCAUGUUUUAGUUCCCCACUAUUCCUGUCUUUCAGAUAAAUGGCUGUAACAGUUGUCUAAUGACUUUGUAACAGCCAAUUUUCAUUCAGAAAAAACAUUUUUUAAAGGUUUCUCCAAUCAUUGUCUGAUUCACACCCACUUUUCUUGUAGUGGGCAGUUCCUGUUUCUAUUCUACCUGUACCAAUCAAUCCAAUCAUCCAUAGCAUUCAAGAGUCGUAGCUCUAAGCUCAUUGACGCUGACAAAUUUCUAUGCUUCAAGAAAAUUCAGCUGUAGUAGGAAAUACGUUUUUUCAGGAUACAGAAACUACGCCCUGGAGAUUCAUUCUGUGUAACAUAGUAAACAGCUUCAAUCUUCAACACAGUGUAACGUUUUAGUUUGUCAAGAACCAAUCUUUAGAAGGUUUGCACAGAGUUUAGUACUCCCAGCUAUUUGUUAUGUAAGAAUAAAUGUCCUUUCUGUUUCUUAUUCGCAGGGAAUUUUAGCUGUUGAUGUCAUUUUAUAGUCACUUAAAUUCCUUCAAAAUUCUUUAGUAGUAAAUAUCUUGUAAAGGUAGAAUUUUUUUAUUUAGUGAAUAUAUUCUCCUUGCAUUAAACGUUCAUCGUUCCCUCAUUAACUUUUAAUUUAGCCAAAUUGCCGGAUCCCUGCUCUCUGACAAAUAUCUUGUAAAGGUAUUUCGUAAAUUUCAGUGGCAGACGUGGUUUCUUUAUUUGUAAAAGAUUAACAGUGUAAUUGGAUAUUUAUAAUUGUAUCCUAUCUAGAAAUGUUUAUUUAUCUUAUUUCUAGGUUUGCUUAUUUGGGAACAUGUUCUAGGGCACUUUACUUCUGCGCAUUUCUGCGGUGCAGCGUCAUCAUAUUCUGAAAUCCUUUUCCUGUCUAGGGUGUAAACCACACAAGCCACAUGAAAGAGAACUCAUAGAUCAACUUGCAGAAUUUGUAGUUGGGUUUUUAUUUGAGCAGUUUCAUGAAAAAGAAAAGUACUUUGUCUUUUUGUUAUGCUUUAUUCACAGGACAUUAUCAAUUAGAAUAAAGAUUUUGCAUGCAUAAAUAAAAUUCUGUUUCCCUCUAUAUAUACGGCCUCCUUCGGUUUGCAUGUCUCAUUGCAGCCAUCUCAGUUCUCUCUGUGUGCUUGUACUGACAUAUAAGGCCAACUAUGGACUACUCAAAUUUGCGUCGCCAAAUUACCUUCAUGAAGAAAAGUUUCUUUGAUCAGGGUUACCUUGAUGAACAGUUCAAUCAGCUGGAAGAACUGCAGGACGAAUCAAGCCCCAAUUUCGUUGAGGAAGUUGUGGCUUUGUUUCUGAAAGAUUCGCCGAGAUUGUUGUCAAACAUAGAACAAACAAUUGGGAAGUACCCUCAGGAUUUCUACCGGUUAGAUUCUCUUGUGCACCAGCUCAAAGGCAGCGGAUCCAGCAUUGGAGCAGUGAGGAUGAAGAACGAGUGCUCGGUGUUUAAGGCACACUGCAAUGACAGGAAUCUGGAAGGAUGCCGCAGGUCACUGCAGAAGAUGAAGAGGGAGCAUGCCACUCUGAAGCAGAAGCUGGAGUCAUAUUUUCAGUUACUGCGGCAAGUCGGGCCUCGCGAGCAUGCCGUGAACUCAAGGAAGUAAGAAGAUAGCAUAUGGAAUGCAGUUCCAAGGGAACUAAGGGACCAGCUACCUCUCUCCCUUGGGAGCUUUUAUCAUCCAUAAUUUUUGCUUGCUUUUAACCUGGGCCCUUUUGUCGUUCAUGGGUGGCCUAGUUCUUUGUUGUGUGAAGCUUGCUCAUGCAUACACAGCCCCUGCCUUGCUGGGGAAUGCCAUGAUGUAAUCUAACUCCUUUCUUUUACGAAUACGCAAAGCUUGCUUUCGCGAAACACGUGUUGUACCACCCCUAUGUAAUCUAACACCGAGUAGUUGUGCCCCAAAUAUAAUGAUACUAAUAUGAGUUGUGCCAUA